CACCUAACACUCAAAAAGCUGCCGCCUGCUGGUAUAGAGAAACUCUCCCGCACGGAGCUCGAGGAUUUUAAUCUAUUCGCUGAGUAUAUCUGCGGUCCUGGAAAAGGUUCUUUCUAUGCCCUUACACCGGUCUUGAUACGCGCGUGGUCGCAGCGACCGCGGCCAACUUGAGGGACAAUCAUGAGAACAUCAGCAAUAUUCACCCUUCGGGCGUCAGUCCUCAUACUUACCUGCAUUAGCCACCUUGGUCUUAUAUCCCAGGCGACAUUUGAUGAAUCUAGCGGGACAGCGAAGGGAAGCUUACUGAUGCUCAUGUCGUCUAUUCAUGGCGGCCAAGACGCUUCGAAGUAUUACCUGCGACAAGAUGACGGACAAAUGUACAGCCUCUCCUUCUGCAGCGAGUUGGGUUCGCUCGGCCUGGCAUCCAAUCUUCGGGUUCAGGUGAAUUACAACCGCAUUGAGGAUGGCGUCAUGUACUCGUGCCAAAUUCCCGUUCCGCUGGAUGACGACUCGCCGUCGUCGACGCCGGUAUCGGCGUCGAAGCGGCGCGAGCUGUUUGGACCCACCAUCUCCACGCCCAAACGCCCCACCUUCCUCAUAUACAUCGUCACACUCUGCGGUUUCAGUCAACCGGCGGUGGCUACUGCCUCGAGAAUGCGGGAUUUCUUCUUCAGAAACAACUCGAUUUCUCUUUCGGGUUAUUACGACACAUGUUCGUACGGACAGAUCUCCGUGCUACCGGAGCAAGUGGAGAUUGUUACCGGGCUGGAAAUUCCUUGCAAUGGCACGUUGGACCUACCGUUCCGCUUCCCGACCGGCAAUAAGUUCGACACACGGAACUGUGAGAACGACAACUUGGUCAAGUGGCAGUACUACCUGGAUGACGUCGUAUCGGACAUGGGCAUCACCCCGACGGAUUUCCACCACAAGGUCAUUUACUUGCCCCCAACCUUCGUCGGAUAUAGAUGCAACAACUUCGCAGGCACAGCCUCCGUGGGCCCCUGGAUUAAAACUGACAGCAAAAUCAAUGAUUACGGCACGGGUCUCAUAUGGAUGGCCGGGGACGUGUUCCCGAACAUCGAGUACUUCUUUCACGAGGUUGGUCACACCCUGUCUAUGGCACACGCCACCAUCCCCAACGGCUGUGAUUUGAGAGACCAGUGCGACCACACCUGCCCCAUGGGGGCCACGGGCGGCCAAGGCAUCCGCUGCCUCAACGCGCCGCACAUGUGGCAGCUUGGCUGGAGUCAACCCAUGCGGCGCCUCACUGAGUCAGAUCUGCCGUACGGUGCCAGCCGAGAAAUCUUGAUCCCGAGGCAAAUGUCCACCAAGGACAGCUAUGUGGUCGUGUCGGGAGUCAGGGGCCUGGUGCCAACUGACGCCAUGUACUUCGCCGUCCGCAUGAAUGAGUACCCGUACGAAUUGCCAUUUGAGGUGAACAACAACAAGCCGUACAUCGUAGUGCAUUCGUACAACGGCACAUCGAUGGCGCCAUACGUGCAAACGGUGCUUCUGGGGGAGAUAUCCGUGAAUAACAGAUUUGUUCAUAACAGCUCAAACGUGGUCGUGAAGUUCACUGGCUGGGAUGCCGUCCGUGGUGCCACUGCGCGCUUCUGUCGCCGCUCGAGCACGCGAGAGCAGACCUGUGGCGAUGGCCUGGAUGACGACUGCGACUUCCUGCCGGACGAGCUGGACCCGGACUGUCCCGCCACCACCGCUGGCACGCAGCCCGCCACCGCCGCCAGCCCCAAGUCCGCCGCCACCGCCAGCCCCAAGUCCGCCGCCACCGCCAGCCCCAAGCCCGCCGCCUCCGCCAGCCCCAAGUCCGCCGCCUCCGCCAGCCCCAAGUCCGCCGCCUCCGCCAGCCCCAAGCCCGGCAAGGCCGCCACUGGCCCAGCGGCCACCGCCUCUGCCAUCACCAACAAGAGCCCUGCCUCCCCCACGAGCACCGCCGCCGCUAGCACGCAGCCCGCCACCGUCACCACAACCUCGCCCCAGUCCUACUCGGCCACUGUCGCCACCGUUCGCCAAAACGCAAAUUUCCGUGACAAUCUUCAAGCCGCCGUCUCCACCUCCAUUUUCUCCGUGGCGUACUGGGCGGCGCUUGCUAAGCACGCGAUAGGUGGCGGCGACUUUCAAACGGAGCGUUUGCUGGUUAUUGGUGUGGGGGGCUCUUCCAGCCUCCGCCCCAAGUACGUAUGAUGUAUGGUAUUAUGACCGGAAAGUAUGACGAUAUGUAGUCGUUUGUGCUUGGUAGAACUAAGUGCGAGCUCCAGAUUGAUCCAGAUUGGACGGCUUGGAGUUUGGAGUUUUUGGAAUACAGUUCGAUCAGACGCCUGGGCUGAUGCUACUAGUAUGGGCGGCUGCACAUCAUGUAGAUGAACCUGUUCAUUUUUGAUUUGUCGUCCUUCCAUCCAGAUAUUGCGAGAGUGCGCGCCAUCUUAUUCGCCAAUUUCUGCUGUUGCGUACGUUUUGGGUGCUUGUUUGCAGGCGCUCGUGUGCAUGCUAACAGUUUCAAGCAAAUUCAUCAUGUUUUUUGUGCAAUAGCACAGAUGGUUGCGUGGAUUAAUGUUGUGAUGGGGUUGGCCCUGAUGUUGCUGCUAUUUGUGAUGCAUGCAUAGAUGCAUUUGCGCGCUUAGGGCAUUAUUAAGGACGGUCAAGGGACGACGCACCUUAUUCAUAUGCGAGUGAGCUGCAGUUCAUAGGUCCGGCCCUCUGCGUGAUCUAUCUAACGUCAUUUAUCAGAGCCCACCCCAGGGGCACAACCCGGGCGGUUCAACUGGCCUUCGGCGACGACAGAGCUGCCAAAAAGAUAGGAUGCCAGGCCGGUAGUAAAUGCUUACAAAUGAGGCUAUUAGGGUAAAUCGUUCUUUUCAAUGAGCUGCGGUAAGCACCUCAUAUUCGCAGGCUUUUCCGUUAUUGCGAAGGCCUUGCGGCGGCGGCGGCGGUAUGGGAGUCGUUGUUGUCUUAUAGCUAGAACUAUUUCAGCGCACCGCGAUCAUGAUGAUUUUUGUUCGUCCUUGUUUGAGAGCGAGUAGUUAUCCGCGUGGCAUUUGUUAGAGAGGCAGUUAGAAUUUGUUUCAUUACGCCGAGUUCGUUGCUGCAAGUUCCGACGAUGUCCGUGGCGAGAACUCUAGGGAGGGAUCAUGUAGCUAAUUACAGGGCGCUAUAAAGAUGGAGCUAGUUAGUGGAUUGCAGCAAGCGGGCUGCCAUACACGGUGUAGCUAUAAUUUUGGGCUGCCCGGUGUGCGUAUGAUCGUAUGACGGAAAGCGGCGGCGGCGUGCGUGUCGACCCGCAAGUCUGUGUGGUUGUCACGGUGGGAUCCAGACUCGUGGAGAAUAGCCGAGGGUAGCCGAGCGUCCGAAUAAAAGGCCUGGCAGCCCCCCGGCAGGGCCUGCUGGCUGGGAAAUAAAAAGACGGAUAGAAAUCAGGACUUAAACUGCCGCAAGGUCGUAAUGCUUUGUAAAUUAUAACGUGAUUA